AUGCAGAUGCCCCAGCUAGCUGAGGCAGAUGACAUGGACGAUGACUGGACAGGUCUUACCGAUGCCGCAGCUCGACGAAGAAAGCAGACGCGACUGAAUACACGAGCCUGGCGACGGAGACGCAAGGCCCUUGAAGGACAAGGACGUCAGACGCCCAUCUCUAAGCGUCCGUCCGGCGUCAGCGCCGGUAAGUCCGAACCCAGGAUUCCAUGCUGGGACGAAGACCUCCAGAUGGUCUCUACCUUCCCUGCAUACGUGGCGGACACUUUCCACCAGACUCGAAAUGCAUUACGACCCUCUGAAGCCACGGCCCUACGACCAGGCACAUCCACCUCCGGGCGGUGCAGCCAACCUCGCGUCAUCUUCCUUCUAUCCUCCGGCCACCUGAUCACACUACUCCAGUUCAACGUCUUCCGCUGUCUCAUCAACGGCCAACUCCUCUCCGUCACCCUGGGCGCCGUUCCAGGAGCCUGUCUGUCAACGUCGCCGCGCGCCAUCCCCAACCCCCCGCGUCCCGACAGCGUGCCCCCAGCCCUCGCACCCACGUUGGUGCAGCAGACAAGCCCUCAGGAAGACUGGAUGAAUCUGAUCCCGCAUCCUCAAUGGCGCGAUAACAUCAUACUGGUGGCCGGGCAGUUCGACGAGGAUGAGUUGUGGACUGACACAAUCGGCAGGCUCUUCGAGGGCCUUCCGGACUCAGAGUGCGAGCAUCGAGGCGUGGCUGUGUGGUCGCCGCCGAGACAUGUCAACGGAUGA